GUCGAGUCUCCAGUCCACAUCUAUUACGCAAGGAAGUGUAUUCCCGAUGCUACCCAAUUGGUGAAUAAGGGAUUCACGGUGAAUUUUAUAUGUGUCGCAUAAUUUUUCAACGCGAUUACCGAACAAUUUUUGCGAGUGCAGAUUUUAUGGCUUGUCUCUCUUCGGGGGUCAUUGCGCGUUUUUUUCGGGGUCAAUUGCUCUGGUAUGGGGUGCCAAUCACGGAAAUUAGUCAAUCGAUUCAUUGAAGACCAAUUAUCACGAUCAAUAGACUAGCCUUGAACCAUUGGCUUCCUCGAUCAUUUGAGUUCUUCCUCGACGGGGCAGAGCUUCGCACGCUCGGUUGCUCCAAGACAAUGGGUCGAUACAAUUCCCAGGACUGUGAACAUGCGGAAAAUUUGGAGACGAGCAAUUUCCUCCCGGUGAGCUUCAAGAGGGGGAAGGAGUUGCCGGAGUUGACAUGGAGGGACUCGGUGCCGCAGAUAAUUGCGAGCUGCAUGGCGUACUGUGUAGUGAUCCAGGCAGGAGCUAAUAUGGCCUACAGUACAGUACUAGUCGGUGGCCUUGAGACGGAAAAGGACGAGAUCAAGAUCAAUGACGAUCAGGCGUCAUGGAUAGCAAGUCUCGUGACGAUAUCCCUCCCCCUGGGCUCCCUCCUCUCAGGCCCCUUAAUGGACCGUUUUGGUCGCAAAAUUGUCUGCAUCCUGACCUGUGUCCCCUCCACCCUAUCCUGGCUCCUCCUCACCUUUGCCCACAGCCUCGUCCUAAUAUAUACCGCGAGAAUAAUCGCGGGGAUCUCCUCGGGAAUGUCAACGGCCUCCAUCGUCUACGUCAUCGAGAUCACCCACCCGAGAAUUCGGGCUAUGAUGUUGUGCCUGAAUUCGGUUUUCGUGUCCUUGGGAAUUCUCCUGACGUGUGUUCUAGCGCUCUUCCUUGAUUGGCGAAAGAUAGCCAUGGUGUUCACUGCCCUGAACACUGCCUUUCUAUUUUUACUCUUCAUUAUCCCCGAGAGCCCCUAUUGGCUCAUCUGCUUUGACAAUCAGAGUGAUCAGUUGGCUAAUAAGCCAGCUAGUCAAACACUCAAUCAUGAGGAGAGUCAAAUUGUGAAGGAAUCAGAGAAGCGAGAACAGAAUCAAGCGUUGACUGAGUCGAUCGAUGAGUCAGUGAAAUCACCGACUCAAGUCAUAGAUCAGGCUCUGAUUAAUGCUCUCAAUCAAGCGCUGAAUGAAACAUCAAGUGGAGUACUGAGUGACUCACUGGAUCAAGCCCUCAAACAAGUACUGGAUAAAGUGCUAGAUCAAGGACAAAAUGGAUCGACGAAGGCAAUACCAAGUGCACUGUCGAAUGAUUCGCCAAAUUUAAUUGAUGAUCAAGUACUGAAUGAAUCUCUAAAUGAAAUACUGAAUAAAUUACGGACUCGGUAUCGAUUAUCGAAUGACUCCCAGAGUUCAUCUCCCAAUCAAACAGUUGACCGAUCAAUGAAUCAACCACCGCCUCAAGUACUGACGCAAGUACAACAACAAGUGCUAAAUCAAGCACUGAAUCAUCUGAUGAAUCAAUCCCUGAGCCACCAAAAUGACCUACCUCAUCAAGUAUCCAAUGACUCGUCAAAUAAAUCCGCUAAUCAAGUACGAAAUCACUUCCAAAAACCCACGACCCCCACGAACCGUGUGAAGACCCACCGCCGAAGACGAGCAGAAAGAUACCUCCGGUGGCUGAACCCUCGCGAUGAUAUCUAUCAGCAGGAGCUCAACCGAAUAGACGAUGCCAAUCUCUCGAAAUCCAAAAUGGUGCCCAACCCAGAGGCCUCACAGAAGGGAACACUGCACAGUUACAUCGAGGCAUUGAAAUUGCCAACAGUCUACAAACCCAUCUGCCUCCUAUUCGUCAUUCUCCUGGUACAACAGCUCUCAGGUGCUUACGUCGUCAUCUUCUAUGCCAUAUCUGUUUUUCGGGAGAUUGGAGGAACCUUUGGCAGUGGAUUAAACGAAUAUGGUGCCCUUGUUCUUCUCGGUAUGAUAAGGUUUAUCAUGAGCAUCGUCACGUCUGUCUUAUCCCGAAAGAUUGGACGGAGGAUUCUCUGCAUCGUUUCUGGUCUCGGAAUGGCCUUCUCCAUGUUCUUCUCCGGCAUGUUGAUCUUCCUCACCUCAUUCUGCAGUAGCGUUGGUGGUGACGUAGGGGAGCACACCGUGGGCCAGCAGAAAUGGAUGCUCCUCGUGAUUGUCCUCUUCUACGUCUGCAUGAGCUCUUUGGGUUUUGUCGUCAUCCCCUGGUCUCUCAUCGGGGAACUUCUGCCAAUUAGCUUCAGGGGUGUGGGAGGGGGAGUCAUGGUGUCAGUGGCAUAUAUCAUUAUGUUUGGAGUGGUGAAGAGUUACCCCUUUGCCUUGAAGGCCAUGGGUGCACAGAAUGUCUUCUUCGGGUUCAGCGUGGUGUCGUUGAUCGGAACUGCUGUUGUUUAUUUGUUUCUGCCGGAAACCCUGGGGAAGAGCCUCAAGGAGAUUGAGGAAUACUUUGAGGGGACGGAAAGUAAGACUGCGAGAACGCGCCAGGCGAGGGCUAGUAAAUCGUGAGAUCUCGUUUUUUGACAGGAUAUAUUUUUUGGUUGAAUUAAUCAGGGCAGGUCCCGCCCCUCUUCAACACUGAUUCCAACCAGUCAGUCAAUUUGGAUUGAUAUAGCCUUCAAUGUCUGUACGUUUUUAUGUGAACGAUGUUUUUCUGUGCGGUUUAAUAAAUGUCAUUUUUUGAUUUUGGCAUUUCUGAACUGUCAAUUAUAUACGCGGACAUACGUCGAUGAAUGGUAUUUAGGAUGAUGUAUUGAUUGCAUUAUAAUUAGAAUUGUUAUUUGAAAGGAAACAAGGACACACCUAUGAGUGUCUUUUUAUACAAUUUUUUUGUAACUCAAUUAUCAAAUAGAUAUUUUUAAUUUUUAA